AUGGGGAGCAUUAUAGGAAAUUUAAGCCUCAAAAGGCUUGAGCAAAAGGAUCCUAUAUCCCCAUACUUUUUCAUUCUUUGUGUUGAAACAUUGUCAACAAUAAUCUCUCAGGCAAUUCAAGCAAAAGCAAUUUGUGGUAUUAAGGUAUGUCAUAGAGCUCCAAUGGUCUCUCAUGUACUAUUUGCAGACGACAGUGUCAUUUUUGCUAGAGCUACACCAGAAGAAACGACCCAUAUUAAGGCUAUCCUACAGUCUUAUGAAUUGGCUUCAAGCCAGAUGAUAAAUCCCCACAAAACAGAACUCUCUUGCAGCCGAAAUGUGCCUAGUCCCAGAAUUGAUGAGUUGAAAACACUUCUAGGAGUCAAGUGUUCCAAUUUGUUAAGGAAGGAGUAUGGAAGAAGGCAAAGGCUAGAAGAAGAAGAAGAAGGCUUUAUCAAAGGCAAGGAGAGAAAUGCACAUAAAAUUUGUAGUACAAUCCAUCCCAACAUACAUUAUGAGCUGCUUCUUAUUACCUAA